AUGCUUCGUCCACCAUCAGCAAGUCGUUCGACUGGUUUACGACCACCUGCGCCAAGUGGUCUUCGACCACCUAUGCCUUCAUCUCAACAACAACAUCAAAUCCGACGAGUGGUACCUCAACCAUCACCAGCUUCAUAUCAACAAGCAAAAACAGCUCAUCGUCAAACAAGUCGUCCAACUAUAAAUUCAGCAACACGUGAUCAACCUGUUCAAUCACGACCUUCAAUUUUUCCACGUAAUCAAGCUCAUACACCAAUGCCAUCAGCUGCUCGUCGGACAUCAACUGGUGUUAGUCGUCAAUCAAAUGUUCAUAAACAACAUGAACAAUAUGCAUGCGAUCGUCUUGGUUAUGAUUAUCGGUAUCUAAUGGAUGAAAAACGACGAAUUGGUUAUACAGGACCUGGGCUCAUUGUUCCUGAACGAUCUGAAGUAGAUGAAUUACUUUUAAAAAAUAUCGAUGUUCCAUUUGGUAUUUGGUUAUAUAAAUAUGUUCGACUUUAUCCGGGUGAACCCUUAGCUGAAAAUUUAAAUGAACGUCAAUUUGUUCCUGAAAGAUUAGAUCAAAAUGAAGUCGUUAAUGUUGUUCGACCUACAAAUCGUACUCAACGACAAACAACACGUAUUCUCGAUUUAUUUGGUGACAAAAGUAAUACGAUAGAACCACCUACAAAUGAAAUCAUUACAAAAUCUCAAAUGCCGCCACCACAUCCACCCUCAUUUCCUCCGCAAUCAAAUGAAUUUCGCUUUGCACGUUCAACAACAGUCUUAGCAAUAAAUGAUGAAGUUAAUCGAUCACCACGUCGUUUACCACAUCAUAAUAGUAGUAAUAAUAAUAAUUUACAAUUACCAGCAGCAAUUUUAAAGCGAUCACAAACACAAAUCAUUGAUGCAAAAUUAGAUAAUGAUUCAUUUGAUCGUGAUGCACAAAUAAGAGUACGAGAAUUAAAAUGUUCAGCUAUUGGACAAGAAUUUAUGGAACAAUUAGAACGUCUUCGUUUAAUUGAUGAUCCUGAUUUAUUUUCAAUUAAAAUAUCGAUGUUUGAUGCGGCUAUACAAAGAAUUGAGAAAAUUAUUAGUAUGCUUCAUAUUUGA